AUGCCAAACGAGUCUGGCCAGCAAGGGGAUGCGCCCCAAGAACAAGUGCAAUCGCAGCCGCAAGUGGCUGGUAAAAAGAAAGUCUCACUGAGGCCUCCUCCGCCAUUAGUAUUGGACGGAACUAAUAAUAAAGCCGCAUGGGAGGAUUGGGACAACUUGUUUGAGUGGUAUGCAGAAGCUGUACAGCUUCAUGAGGAACCUCCCAAGGUCCAAGUGGCAGUAUUUAUGAGCGCAAUUGGAAGUGCAGUGAAAGAUAUUUUCAAGAACUUUGAGUUAAGCGACAGUGAGAAAUAUAACCUCAAAAUUGUUCGAGAGAGAUUCACGCAGCAUUUCGCUCCAACCGGGAAUGAGAUUUACGAAUCUUACAAGUUCAACAAUUUGAUGCAGGAUGUUGGUGAAACUGUCGGUGAUUUUAUCACUAGGGUGAAGACACAAGCUUCAAGGUGCAAUUUCCCUGUAUCCAGCAAAUCUCGGUUGAUUCGUGAUAGAAUAAUUCAUGGAAUCAAAUCUUCUCAAACCCGGGAGGAGAUACUGAAGAAGAAUAAGCUCACUUUGGACGAGACUAUAGUCAUCUGUCAGGUGUCCGAGAAAGCUGCUGAGCAUACUAUAGCAAUGACAGCAGGAUCCUCUGAGAAGGUAGAAGUGAACACUGUGAAAAAAGAAAGUGAAGUUAAGAAAAAGAGUGAGUCAAGUGCUUUUUGUGGCAAGUGUGGACUCAAGCACGCAUAUAGAGCGUGUCCUGCAUAUAAAAAGAAGUGUAAAAAAUGUGGUCUUAUUGGACAUUUCGCGACAAUGUGUAAGAAGUCUGUAGAAGCGUCCAACAAGACCACUACCAAAAGAAAAGUGAAGAAAGUUGAGAAGGACUCAGACAGUGAUUCAGAAUCUGAAGUGAGUGUGGACACUUUGCGUAUACAUUCGAUAAAUAAAGACGAUGGUGAUGCGUGGAAUUGUGUCAUGAAGGUGAAUCACAAGAAAAUAAUUGUCAACAUUGAUACUGGAGCACAAUGUAAUGUCCUUUCACGAAAAGUACUCUCAAAGCUUCCUCAGAAGGAUAUCGAACCGUCACGAGUGAAGAAAUUGGUUGCAUAUGACGGUGGAAAAAUCAAAGUGAUUGGACGAGUACAGCUGGAUUGUUUUUUCCGCAAGAAAAAGAUUCCACUCUGGUUCCAAAUUGUUGAAGGAGAUCGAGCUUGCGUUCUUGACGGAAAAUCUGCUAUCAAGGCGGGGCUCAUUGCUAGAGUAAACAGCAUAAAUGUGAAAGAAGAAAUUUUUUCUGGACUGGGAUGUCUAAAAGAUUUUGUAUAUGACGCAGAAAUUAUUGAUGACCCAAAGUUCGUAAUACAUCCCGCUCGGACAGUUCCAUACAAGAUAGAAAAAGAAGUGAAAGCGGAAAUCGAUGACAUGCUAAAGACUGGUGUCGUCAAACCCUGCACUCAUGGGUGA